AUGGUCUGCUCUCUGGUCGGAUCGUCCACCUGGGUUCUGUUUGCCUCGUCGCGCGGAUGGCCCGUCUCGACUACCCAUGCCAUUGUUGGUGCCAUCACUGGUAUUGGUCUUGCCGGGUUCGGAAGCAGCGCUGUCCAAUGGGUCGAGAUUGGCAAGAUUGACAGUAGUUGGCUCAUCUCGCCCCUCUGUGCCGGUCUGAUCACAACAUUCAUUUUCCUGGUCACCAAAUUCCUUAUCCUUCGCCAUGAAGAUUCACUCAAGCGGGGUCUUGUUGCCAUCCUUUUCUACUUUGUCAUCACCAUCUUCAUCAACGUCUUCUACAUCAUCUUCAAGGGCUACCCUGGUCUCAGUCUUUCCAAGCUGCCCAUCGGUGCCGCUCUUGGUAUCUCAUUCGGAAUCGAGGGCAACGAGCCUUUGCGCUGGUACCACGCCUUCUGCACGCCCUUUGUCAAGCCUCGCAUCAGACGCGCCUCUGUCCAGGUUGAGUAUGCCGUUGACGAAAAGUCUGGCGAGAUGGAUUCAUCCACUUUGCACCCACUUUCACCCGAUGACUCCAAAACCAAGAAUCUAGAGAAAGCUAUAAGAUAUAUGUCCCCUCGCGGCUCUAUCAACAGUAGUCUGGUCGCAUUGGACGAUACACCAGCACCUUUUAGAGUCAAGCAGCUGUUCAACAAAAUCAAGGCCAAAGCUAUGCGUGGUUUGAAUCAGGACAUCAACGACAACACUGCGGAGGUUGAUCGGAUCCACGGCAAUUCGACUCGUCAUGAUGAGAAAACGGAGAAGCUCUUCUGCACCCUUCAGGUUCUGACUUCCUGCUUUGCCUCGUUUGCUCAUGGAUCAAACGAUGUUGCCAAUGCUAUCGGAUCACUGACGACCAUCUACUAUGUCUGGAGGAAAGGCGCUGUCGAUGUUACAGAAAAGGCGCCUAUCCCCACCUGGAUUCUUGCCUAUGGAGGCAUUGCCGCCGAUAUUGGUCUUCUAACCUAUGGUUACAAGGUCACGGCAACACUAGGCAGCAAGAUCACAUUCAUCUCUCCUAGUCGUGGCUUUAGUGUCUUAUUGGGCACCUUGCUCACGGUCUUGACAUGUUCCAAGCUGGGUCUCCCUGUGUCGACCACCCACUGCAUCACUGGAGCUACUACCUCUGUCGGUCUGUGCAGUGGUGGUGGUCUCAAAUCCAUCAACUGGAAGAUGUUAGGAUCGGUUGCUUCGUCCUGGGUCUUCACUCUACUUAGUCUCCGGACUUCUCUUUGCCGUUAUCAUCAACUUGCCACAUAA